GGUAGAAACAAACCCACGCUUUCAAGGCCGGCACAGAGAGAGUGGUGGACCCGGAACAAACUAAUAUCUGAGAAAAUUAUGCACGGAGUCUAGAUACAGGAGUGACUGAGUCCUUCACGUUUAUGACAAACAGUUGUAUAACUUAUGAAAAUACAGUUCUACAAUCAUUUUGAAUUUAAAUAUUCGUUUGUUACAGAGGUGAAUUGCAAAACUUCCCAAACUCAAAGAUCUAUCGAAAUUCAAAAGGACAUUUCCAAGGAUGAAGGAAUUAUCAUAUUUCUGCCAGCGGAUGAUUCGGUUUGCUCUUCUUCUAACAACAGUCUCAGCUACCAAGAUGAACGUACCACGACUCAGACUUUCAUACAAAGACCUUGUAGCCACCAACCGGUCCUCUAUCUUCAGUGGUCACCACGGUCAGCUUUCCCUGAGCGCUUUGUUUCUGGACGAGUACCAUGACCGCCUGUUCCUGGGGGGCAAAGACGUCCUCUACUCCCUGAGACUGGACCAUACCAACCUGGACUCCAAAGAGAUCUACUGGCCUCCGUUGCCUGGUAACAGAGAUGAAUGUGUCCAGAGAGGGAAAGAUUCUCAGACGGAGUGUGCCAACUUUGUGCGCCUGCUGCAGCCCUAUAACCGCACCCACCUGCUGGCCUGUGGUACGGGUGCAUUCCAACCCAUGUGUACCUAUGUGUACGUGGGCUACCGUGGAGAGCAUGUUUUCACCAUGGACCCUACCAAAAUGGAGAACGGACGGGGGAAGGUUCCUCACGACCCCAGCCUCCCCUUCGCUAGCACCUUAAUUGGUGGGGAGUUAUACACAGGGCUGACUGCAGACUUCCUGGGUAGAGACUCAGUGAUCUUCCGUAGUCUGGGAGGUCGCUCCACCAUGAGGACUGAGACGGACCAGAGACUGCUGCAUGAUCCUAAGUUUGUUGCGGCCCACCUCAUCCCUGAUAAUGAUGACCGUGACAAUGACAAGGUGUACUUCUUCUUCACGGAGAAGGCCAUGGAGGCCGGGAACAGAGAGGGGGCCAUCCACACCCGCGUAGGACGUGUGUGUGCGAAUGAUGCAGGUGGACAGAGAGUUCUGGUGAAUAAAUGGAGCACCUUCAUCAAGGCCAGACUGGUGUGUUCUGUACCUGGGCCUCAUGGCAUUGACACACACUUUGACGAGCUGGAGGAUGUUUUCCUGCUUAGAGGCAAGGAUGAGAAGAACCCAGAUGUUUAUGCCAUCUUCAGCACCAUCAGUAACGUGUUCCAAGGCUUUGCAGUUUGUGUGUACCGUAUGGCAGACAUCAGAGAAGCCUUCAACGGGCCUUUUGCACACAAGGAGGGACCUGACUACCAGUGGGGGGCUUACGAGGGCAGAGUGCCCUAUCCAAGACCUGGGGUGUGCCCCAGUAAGAUCACCAACCAGCCUGGCAGACAGUUUGGCAGUACCAAGGACUUCCCAGACGCAGUGCUCCAGUUUGCCCGAGGGCACCCCCUGAUGUGGCGACCGGUGUACCCGGCAAUGAAGCAGCCUCUGCUGGUCAAGGCCAACUUGCCCUACCGCCUCAAACAGAUCGUGGUGGACCGUGUAGAGGCAGAGGAUGGACAGUAUGACGUCAUGUUCAUAGGCACCGACAUAGGCACUGUUCUGAAGGUCAUUGCAUUGCGCAGCGGCAACACUCUGGACACAGAAGAGGUCACUCUGGAGGAGCUGCAGGUCUUUAAGGUGCCAACUCCCAUUACCUCUUUGGAGAUCUCAGUAAAAAGGCAAGCACUGUACGUGGGUUCUCCGGUGGGUAUGGCCCAGCUGAGGCUUCACAGGUGUGAGACGUAUGGGAAGGCCUGUGCUGAGUGCUGCCUGGCCAGAGACCCCUACUGUGCCUGGGACGGCACCUCCUGCACUCGCUACACCUCGCUCAGCAGACGCCGCUAUCGCCGUCAGGACAUCAGGCAUGGCAACCCGGCCCUGCAGUGUAUGGACCAGAACCUCAGUGUGGAGGAGCUGGACGUAACAGAAGACAGGGUUGUGUACGGAACAGAGAACAACAGCACCUUCCUGGAGUGUGUCCCUCGCUCCCCACAGGCCACUGUUACAUGGCUGCUCCAACGAGACGGCCGUAAGGAAGAGGUGAAGCUGGAUGACCGAGUGAUGCAUAUGGAGCAGGGCCUGCUCUUCCGCCGUGUGUUCCGUCAGGAUGAGGGUGUGUAUGUUUGUGUCUCCCGUGAGCACGGCUUCACCCAGACCCUCACCCACCUCUCCCUGGAGGUCCUGCAGGGGAACACACUGAGUGACCUGCUGGCCCGUGACGACACCCCCCUCGACGGUCCCCUGGGGGUAAAGGGGUACCGGUCCUGGCCACCCUGCCAUGCUUACAGGAGCACCAACCCCCUCAGCCACCUGCGCCCCUGGUUCAAGGACAUCAUGCAGCUGAUCGGCCCGUCCAACCUGCCGCACGUGGAGGAGUACUGUGAGAGGAUGUGGUGCAACGACAAGCUGCGGCGUAAACACAAGAGCAUGCUGGACAAGUACCGGCAGGCACAGGAUAGCGCGCGCAAGACCCGCAAUAAGGGCUCCGGGGAACGUAACCGGACGCCGCGGGACGUCAGUAACCGACAGCCGUAGAGGGGAGGGAGAAACAGAUGAAGGGAGGAAAAAGAGAAGGACUACAUGACAUGAUGAAUGAGAGAACGAAGAGGUGGUAGUGAUAUGUAUUGUAGGAAGAUGUACUGCCAACAGGGAUGAGGGUUGAGACUGAUUUGGAGGCAGAAGGGAGGAGGAGAAAGAGAGCGACAGGUACUCAUGGCACUCAUCAACUCUCAUUUGCUUCAUGAAAAACCCUCAACUGUUUCCACAAAGGGACCCUUCUCCUCUCCACGCACCCUUGCAACCUCAGUGUCUCUGUAUGAUUAUAGAUUGACUGUAACAUGCUGCAAAUAAUGUGUGUGUUGGACUGCUACAACUGAUCUCCUUCAACCCAACAUUGCACUAAUUUCUCUUAGGUCAUUGAGCCCAUUCCAUGUUACCCAUUCUGUGACUGCUUCUGUUCUUCGCUCUGUACCCCUUAAAACUGCAUUUUCGGAGCCUUUUCCUUACCCUGCACCUCAACACACCCUACACUGCUAGAAAAAUAAAUUGUCCUAGGGCUCACUUCAUAUACAGUCAAAAAGUUAUUUAAAGAACCCCAAAGCACUGUUAUUUUUUAGCAGUGUAAUCCCAUCACCCUGCAAAUGAUUCACAACAGCAAAUUCUAUCCACACACACUCACACAUACUGUUGAGCGAACAUACAAGCACACUCACACAACCAUCACUCAACCAGCCAUAACAACACACCAGACAAUUGCUUUUACUGGAAGUUGCCAUGAGACGAUUGUUGACAGUUCAACAGAGAAAAGGCCUGUUUGUUGCUUUGUAUUAUCAGCUAGACUCUAGGUCCCACCAUUCCUUUGUGUGUCGUAGGUGUUGUUCUCACUCCUGACAAAGGAAGGAAAAUAAAAAGGGUCAUUGGCUGAAUGUUCUGCUGAUGCUUUGUAAACACUG